AUGCAGAAACAGGAGCUUGAGAAGUGUUUUGCAAAUGUGUGCAAGCAUCAUGAUGUGGAGGUGGUGAAGAAGAAUGGCAGCCCAGCGGAAACAGAGGCUGUGUGCCUCAAUGUGGGCUUCAGGACAGUUGAAAUUCUUGAAGGUAGACUGCUGCUGAAUGGCAGUGAGUUGACCAUUCGUGGAGUGAACAGACACGAGCACCACCCGACGAAAGGACAUGUGGUUGACAGAGAGUCUAUGAUACAGGACAUCCAGAUGAUGAAAGAAAACAAUUUUAAUGCCGUGCGAUGCGCUCACUAUCCGAACGACAUCAUGUUUUAUGAAUUGUGCGAUGAAAUGGGGCUUUAUGUGGUGGACGAAGCAAAUAUUGAGAGCCAUGGAGUAGAUUUUGACUGGUCGAAGACCUUGGGAAACAAGGAGGAGUGGGGAGAGGCGCACCUCGCCCGAGUGCAGCGCUAUGUUGAGCGGGACAAGAAUUUCCCCAGCAUCAUUUUCUGGUCUUUGGGAAAUGAAGCAGGCAACGGAAUCAAUCACUACAGCACGUAUGCGUGGCUGAAAGGAAGGGAUCCUACACGACCAGUUCAAUACGAACAUGCUCGAAAAGAACCAACAUGGACCACACACAAUUUGGAGACGAUUGACAAGAAUACUGACAUCUAUUGUCCGAUGUACCCAAGCCACUUGAAGUUGGAAAAAUAUGGAGAACUGUACGACAGCGAUGUAAAUGCGCUUCCAUUGAUCAUGGUGGAGUACGCGCACGCAAUGGGCAACACCUUGGGAGCAUUCAGGGAGUACUGGGAUAUGAUCUACAGAUACGGUGUGCUGCAGGGUGGUUUUAUUUGGGACUGGGUCGACCAGGGCUUGGAAACGCAGAAGAAUGGGAAGACGAUUUGGGCAUUUGGCGGUGACUUUGGUGCGAAGGGCACCCCUUCGGACCUGAAUUUCUGCAUCAAUGGCCUUGUGCAGCCUGACCGGACGCCCAGCCCACAUUUGUUCGAGGCGAAGAAGGUAAUGCAGCCCGUGACUUUUCGAGAGGACAUUGAAGCCGGGACGAUUGAAAUCCAAAACCGCUACGACUUCCUUUCCCUGGACCACUUGGAUUUCUUUUGGCAAAUUACUUUGAACGGCUCGGUUGUGGAGAGUGGACAACUGCAAGGUAUACAGGCUGAAGCUCAUGGAUCACACACGAUCAACAUGCCAAAGCCUACCAUCAUUCAAGAAGCCUUUGGAGAGUACCAUUUGCUGGUUUCAGCCUAUAUGAGGGAAACAAAGAGCUGCUUGCCAAAGGGCUUGGAGGUGGCCUGGGAGCAGUGGCAUCUUCUCACCAACGCGCCCGUUCCAAUUGCUAGUAUCAGUGGCUUGGAGCCCAAAAUUCAGACCGAAGCAACCGGCCUCACCGUGGUUGCCGGUGAACUUGUAGCACGCCUUGGCCGCCGAUCCAGUGAAGGAGCUGGCUGCCUCACUGGGUUGGCAUUUCGAGGAUUGGAACUGCUGGCAGCGCCAUUGCAGCCAAACUUUUGGCGUCCACCUACUGACAACGACUAUGGAGCAAAUCUUCAUAAAGAUUGUGCUUGCUGGCGAUUUGCCGGACAAAAGGCGGUUCUGUUGGAAGAUUUGCAGACCGUGCCACAGCCAGCAUUUGUUGACAUCAGUGGAGUGCUUGCUGUUGGAGGAGGAGGUGCAAAGCUUGCCGUGACCUACUCGAUUUCCUCAGUUGGAGUCAGAGUGGCUGCUCAGUGGCGCCCUUUUGCUGACCAAGGGCCGCGGCCAGCACUGGUCGGAGGUAUAGGAUAUCUCAGAUGCUCCAAUGAUCGGCACUUGGAUGUGGAGGGGAAAGCAGUUCAAGCACGCUGGCGCGACAUGGGGGAGUGGCAGUCACUGACAAUCAAUGCUGCAAAGGAGCCUGGCAAGCAGUUGGAGCACGGUGACAAAAUUGCUCUUCAGGCUGUCACCGCCAAAACGGAGGCAGAGCUGUUGUUGCACGGGGUGGUGCCAACCCCUCAAAGUGCAGUCGGCUUGCCAGACGGUAUGACGGGCUUGCAAGUUGAAGCUACUGGGGAUCCCCAGCAGCCCUGUUGGACAUUGCGCCGUGCCAAUGGGGCUGGAGCUGCUUAUUCUGGGGACGAGGUGUCCUUAGAGGCAGCUGGCAAGUUCCUGGGAGUUGUUGAUGGCAAAGUGGUGGCCCUGGAUGCAGAGUCCAGCUUUACCAAGAUCAUUCUUGAUAUCAAGGACCCCAGUCUUGCACAUGAUGACACGCACUAA